UGAAAACAGCAUUUUCCAGAAAUCGAAAUCACUGACAACUGAAGGACUGUAGAAGGUGACAUCCAAACGAACGAACUAGAAAAUAAAUUGCCGCCAUGGAGAGUGCACCGGCUGCAAAGACAGGCGACUUCUUCUACGGCUGGGAUCUGCUCUACAAGACCAUCCAGAAGGAGGUGGCCAAGAAGUCGGACCUGCUAAUCGCCCUGGUCCACUUUCUGCUGACCAAGCACUACAACUUUCGCUGCGUUGGCAUCGGCGACGAUAAAACCUUGCCAGAGGAGGAGGGCAGUGAACUGCUGCCGGACAGCUGGAACGAUGACGAUACCAAGUUCUCGCUGCGCUAUGUGCAUGACAAGACGCUCUACCUUCUGCUGGGCCACAUCACCGAGGACGCCCUGCUGAUCAACCUGAUGGACAUCAACAGCAAGAAGGUGUCCAACAUCUGCGUGGAGCCCGAGACCCUGGUGGCCGCCGUCAAGGGAGGCAUUACCACGUUGAUGCCGAGCGCCUCGGAGAUUGUCGAACGCUAUCGCAGGGAGCUCCUGGACCCGGUCUUUACUGGCAAUUCGCGCGAGGUCACCACCCAGACGACCACCUCGCCACGUCCUAGCUCAUCGGAUCCGGAUCCCUUGCGCAUCGGCGAACCCAGACGUGGCGGAUCCUUCAUUCCGGGUGGUUUCGAGCCGCGCCCCUUCGGUUUUCCGGACAUCGGACGCGGAGAUCUGGAUCCACUGGGUCGCGGUGGCUCUGGCAACCUCUUUGCCUUUCCAUCGCGCCCAAAUAUGGGGCCGGGACCUUUGCCCCGCUUCGAUCCGUUCAGUCCCCUCAACCCGAAUGCGCCGGGCCAGGGUGGAAUCAAUCCGGAUCACAUGCGGCCACCGAAUUGGGGUCCCGAUUACUAUAUGUGAUCACCAGGAAUGCCAGUAGGACAAGGCAAGUCAAAUCUUUAGUUUAUAAAUAAAAUGUCUUCAAUUUGAAGACUGAAAUUGGA